CACCCUCUUGAUUUAUUUUCUGAAAAUGAAGUAAUAACUAAAGAUCUUAAAAAUAAACCUAUCAUCGUCAACACAGCUCCUAAACCAGUUGAAGAAGUGAGGAAUGAUUGUGAUUAUAGUAAUGGAGAAUGGGUUCAAGAUAAGACGGGUCCUCUAUACAAUGGCACUACCUGUGGUACAAUCAAAGAUGGUCAGAACUGUAUGGCUCAUGGUAGACCAGAUUCAGGUUAUCUAUAUUGGAGAUGGAAGCCUAGUCAAUGCCAAUUACCGAGGUUUGAACCAACAAAAUUUCUUAGUUUACUUGAAAACAAGCAUCUAGCUUUUGUUGGUGAUUCAAUGGCUAGAAACCAAUUGGAAUCUCUACUUUGCUUACUUUCUAGUGUGUCACCUCCUGAUCUUGUCUAUACAAAUGGUGAGGACAACAAAUUCAGAAGAUGGCAUUUUCCUUCACACAAUGUGAAUGUAUCAGUUUACUGGUCACCGUUUCUUGUUAAGGGGAUUGAGAAAUCAAACACUGGACCGAAGCAUAAUGAAGUUUGGAUUUACCAAAGUUUUGACAAUAAUCGAUGGGCAUUAGAUCUGGAACAAAUCGAUAUGCUAGUUUUGUCGAUGGGUCAUUGGUUCCUUCAUCCAGCGGUUUAUUAUGAGAAUGAUUCGGUUCUUGGUUGUCAUGCCUGUGAAGGUCUUAACCAUACUGAGAUUGGAUUUUUCGACGUGUUAAGGAAAGCUGUAAAGACUACCCUCAAGGCCAUAACUGAUAAGAGUAUUACGGACGGAAACGAGAUUGAUGUGAUUCUUACGACAUUUUCGCCUGCGCGUUUCGAAGGCAAAUGGGAUAAAAAUGGAGCAUGCUCUAGAGAGAAGCCAUUUGAAGAAGGUGAAAAGGCUUUGGAAGGAAUGGAUGUUGUUAUGAGGAACAUUGAGGUAGAAGAGAUUGAGGAAUCUAAGAACAAGGUGCUCCAAGUAGACAGAUUAAGGAUUGAAGCACUAGAUGUGACCAAGAUAGCAUUCAUGAGACCGGACGGACACCCGGGUCCUUACAUGUACCCAAAUCCGUUCGCCGACGGAGUUAAGGAUGGCGUACAAAAUGAUUGUGUUCAUUGGUGCUUACCUGGACCUAUUGAUACAUGGAAUGAGAUAUUGCUACAAGUUGUGAGACAGUGGGAAGCUGAAUCAAUGAAGAGAAGAGGUUGAGGGGUAAUUUUUGCUACUAGCUAGGUGAAUUAAUACUGUUCCGAAGAGUUACAAUCAUAAUUAUAAAGUAUUAAAUUUUUGUUGUAUAAGAUUUAGUUUAGUUCAA